GCAGGCGGUGGGCCUUUCGCUUCCGGCCGCGGCGGCCUCGGAGCUGGCCAGAGGGACCCCGGCGGCCUGCCUCCCCGAGCGGCAUGCGGCGCUGAGGCGCGGUGGACCCCGCUGCGCCAUGAACCUCCUGCCCUGCAACCCGCACGGCAACGGGCUGCUCUACGCCGGCUUCAACCAGGACCACGGGUGCUUUGCGUGUGGGAUGGAAAAUGGAUUCCGAGUCUAUAACACCGAUCCACUAAAGGAAAAAGAGAAACAAGAAUUUCUAGAAGGAGGAGUUGGCCAUAUUGAAAUGUUAUUUCGCUGCAACUAUUUAGCUUUAGUUGGUGGUGGAAAAAAGCCGAAAUACCCUCCGAACAAAGUGAUGAUCUGGGAUGACCUGAAGAAGAAGACUGUGAUUGAAAUAGAAUUUUCUACCGAAGUCAAGGCUGCCAAAUUACGGCGAGAUAGAAUUGUGGUUGUUUUGGACUCUAUGAUCAAGGUGUUUACAUUCACACACAAUCCUCAUCAGUUGCACGUCUUUGAAACCUGCUAUAACCCGAAAGGCCUCUGUGUCCUGUGCCCCAAUAGUAACAACUCACUCCUGGCCUUCCCGGGCACGCACACGGGCCACGUGCAGCUUGUGGACCUGGCCAGCACCGAGAAGCCGCCAGUGGACAUUCCUGCCCAUGAGGGCGUCUUGAGCUGCAUUGCUCUCAACCUGCAGGGAACAAGAAUUGCGACCGCGUCUGAGAAAGGGACCCUUAUACGAAUAUUUGAUACUUCAUCAGGGCAUUUAAUCCAGGAACUACGAAGAGGAUCUCAAGCAGCUAAUAUUUAUUGCAUUAACUUCAAUCAGGACGCUUCUCUUAUCUGUGUGUCCAGUGACCACGGCACGGUGCACAUUUUUGCAGCUGAAGAUCCAAAAAGGAAUAAACAAUCAAGUUUGGCAUCAGCCAGUUUCCUUCCAAAAUACUUCAGUUCCAAGUGGAGUUUUUCCAAGUUUCAGGUUCCCUCAGGCUCUCCAUGCAUUUGUGCCUUUGGAACAGAGCCAAAUGCUGUCAUUGCCAGACCUCCCGAGUCCAGUGUUAAAGGAAGAAUCUUCAGGGCACGUGGACACUCACACCCAACUGCUGGCUUCACCUUUCAUUCAGCCGUGAUGCUCACUUCAUUGGUUCUGCCGCAUCGGCCACCUGCAGUUGGGGCUAUGGACAAACUGGGGGUACGUGGAAAAAAGGAGGGACAAAGUGAAAUUUGUUUGUGGCGACAGAUUUCAUCAUUUUUACUGAGUCUGUAAUGGGGAGGUGAACACACGUGUAAGUGUUGGUUCUCACCAGAUUUAAGUGGAACAAUCAUACCGGCAGCCUUAGGAAAGGAGGAAGGAAGCCCUUCUCCCAUCUAAACUGAAGAAAGAGGGCAUAGGUCUGGCGUCUCCCUCAAGAGCUGCAUGUCGUGCGUCCUCGUCUUUUUGGAGCCAUUGGAAUUGAGGCAGCACCAUGCCCACCCUGUGAGCAGUGCCUGUGGCCUCCUGGUGAAACUCUGGGUCAAAGGGAGUUUCCCUGUUACACGUAGGCAACAGAGUAACGCAUAGACUUUAAAACUUAGUCAUAGAAGAAAGCGUCACUUAAUUUGGAGGAUACCAAGGGAAACGGGCGUCUCAACAAAGCAGUGCCUGGUUUCUGUGGGCCUGGAGAGGAUGCCUCGGCCGGCCGAUUCCACUUCCCUUUCUCACCAUCUUUUCUCCCCAUUUUUAAGACUAGCUGCACACUAACAUUCUGGGAAUGAGAGGCACAUACUUUUUUUAACGUUUGGUAACUAAAAUAGGUUAUGGGCUCUAUAUUAUUAGUAGUACUUGAGGUAUAUAUUUAAUUUUCUUAAAUUCCCUUAAAACUUAAUUUUAUGUUUGAUUUCAGGUUGCAAACAUUAAAAUCUGCAGCAGCAAAUUCUCAGUUUGCCAGUUCUUUUACUGUCAUGUAAUCAGCUAACUUUGUCUGUGGAUUUCAAUGUGAAGUAUGCAUGUUACUUUUAUGUGUAUUUAAUCAUGAAAUUUAAUUUUGCACACUUACUUGUAAUGUUUCUUUUAAAUAAAAAUGACUAAUUUUGUUGUACUCUG